AUGGCAUCGACAAGUCACUCUGGUAUCAACUAUGGAGCCCAGGUGGGGAUCAACUAUGGCACAUUCACGGCAGAGUUCCAUCUGCCUCCGGAGCGACCGGAAACCCCUCCUAGCCCUUUAUCAACUGUCCCAUUCUCGCGCGAUCCAGACUUUGUCAGUCGUGGCACACUGCUUGAUCAGAUCAAUGAGAAAAACUCGGUCCCGGGGUCGAGGAUAGCGCUUGUUGGCCUCGGCGGUGUUGGGAAGUCGCAACUUGCCAUCGAACACUCCUAUAAAGUCCGAUCUGAAUCUCCAGCAACAUGGGUUUUUUGGGUCCAUGCGAGUAGCGAAGCCCGGUUUGAGCAAAGCUUCCGGGAAAUCGCAGACCACGUUAAAAUCCCACGUCGUCAAGAUCCCAACGAAAACAUAUUCAAACUGGUCGAAAACUGGCUCCGGGAUGAAAAGAGAGGGAAAUGGGUUUGUAUCCUUGACAAUGUCGAUGACGACAAGCUCCUUUGUUCAUUAUCGAGGACGACCGAAGACCUGACUAACGCCUCGACUAAACCAUUAUUGGAAUAUAUUCCUAUAUGCCGACAUGGAUCUACUAUCAUCACGAGCCGGUCUAAAGAGGUUGCGUUAGGAAUAGUCUACGCCAAGGACCUUAUUGAGGUGCAACCUAUGGAGGAGCCAGAGGCGCUAGAGCUUCUCCAAAGAACGCUUAGACAACCUAGUGAAAGCUCAAAGUGUCGAAAAUUGGUGAGCGUAUUAGAGUUUAUGCCGCUAGCGAUUGUACAGGCCGGUAGCUAUAUUCAGAAGCUAGGGCCUCGUUCAUCAGUAUCACAGUAUCUAGAGAAGUUUCAGGGAAGUGACAACACAGCAAUUAAGCUUCUGCAAAGGGAGGCAAGCCCCCACAAUCGGGACUGGGAAGCAAAAAAUUCAAUUUUAGUGACGUGGCAGAUAUCUUUUGAUCAUAUACGCCAAACAAAGCCUUCUGCAGCGGAGUUACUUUCUCUUAUGAGCUUCUUUGAUCGGCAAGGAAUACCAGAGAACCUUAUCCGAAAUGAUUCCGAAGUCAAAGUCAACUACCUAUCAACUUCAAACCUUUUAAAUGACUACAGCGACGGAGAAAUAUCCGACUCUGAUUUAGGCCUUGGAUUUGAUGAUGACGUUGUAACUCUCACAGAUUAUUCACUUAUAUCUGUCAGUGAGAACAGCACAAUCUUCACAAUGCAUCGGCUAGUGCAACUGGCUACGCGCGCGUGGUUAAACUGUCGUGGACAGAUAGACCAUUGGAAGGAAAAGUUUAUCAGCACCUUACACGAGGCAUUUCCCACUGGUGAAUACGAAAACUGGGAGAGGUGUAGGUCGCUGUUUUCCCAUGUCAAAUCUGCACUAUCGCAACAACCAAAUUCACCUGAAAGUUUGCGAAUAUGGGCCACGUUGCUUUACAGAGGUGUAUGGUAUGGGUUGGAAAGCGGUACUAUCGCAAAUGUACGGGAAAUGGCAUCAAAGUCGAUGGAGCAGAGAGUCAAAUUGCUGGGUGCCGAGAGUGAAGAAGCAAUUGCAAGCACAGUGAUAUUGGCAAGAGCGUACCGAGCUGAAGGCCAGUGGGAUAAGGCAAGAAGGCUCUUUUUGCAGGUGAUGGAGAGUAGUAAGAAGAAACUUGGCGAGGAUCAUCCCUCUACACUAACAAGCAUGUCCAGCCUGGCGUUGACAUACUUGAACCAGGGUCGGUGGCAGAAGGCGGAGAGGCUCUUUGUACAGGUAGUUCAAUUGAGCAGUGCGAAACUGGGUGAGAACCACAUUGACACAUUGUCGAGUAUAGCCAACCUCGCAUCGACAUAUCUCAAUCAGGGCCGGUGGGCGGAGGCCGAGGAGCUCUUUCUGAAAGUGAUGAAGACCAGCAUGACAAGCCUUGGCGAGGAUCAUCCCUCCACGCUAGCCAGCAUGGGGAACCUAGCCUUGACGUUUUUAAACCAGGGCCGUUGGGCGGAGGCCGAGAAGCUCCUUUUACAGGUGAUCAAGGCUCGUAACACAAAGCUUGGCCAGGAUCAUCCAUCUAUGCUGGUGAGCAUGGCUAACCUGGCGGCGACGUAUACAAAGCAGGGCCGGUGGGGAGAGGCUGAGAAGCUCCUUGUGCAGGUGAUGACGACUCUCAAAACGAAGCUUGGCGAGGACCAUCCUGACACAUUAUCGACCACGGCCAAUAUGGCGUCGACAUAUGGGAAUCAGGGCCGGUGGGGGGAGGCUGAGAAGCUCAACAUACAACUGAUCGAGACUUACAAGACGAAGCUUGGCGAAAAUCAUCCUGACACACUAUCGACCAUGGCAAACCUGGCGUCAACGUACAUGAAUCAGGACAGGUUGGAGGAGGCCGAGAAGCUUAAAAUGCAAGUUAUGGAAACUCGCAGGACAAGGCUUGGGCAGGAUCAUCCUGACACACUAACAAGCAUGGCCAGUCUGGCAUCGACGUAUAUGAGCCAGGGCCGCUGGAGGGAGGCGGAGAAUCUCUUAGUGCAGUUGAUGAAGUUCCGCAAAAUGACGCUUGGUGUGGACCAUCCUGAUACGCUACAGAGUAUGGCAAGUCUCGCUCUCGCCCAGAAAUCCUCAGGUCAGAAAGGUCAUGCUCUCCAUUUAUUACAAGCUUGCUUAGCCAAACAGACGCAAAUUAUAGGGCCUAACCAUCCUCAUACGUUGGCGAGCGUUGAAACCUUGCUGAAAUGGGAAACGGAAGAUCUGAAUAUCAAUUCCUAG